GCCCCACAUGGGCUGUUGUCACGGUUAGACGCCGAGGGAAAAAGUUGGAGCUCACUUGUGCGUGAACAUCCAUCAUGUUGCGUUGGAAGCUCCGAGGAUCCCAUUUUGGAAUUGAACACUCCGCCUUCUCCGCUGCCUUAUGAAUGCAUGUUAUCCUCUCUGUGGAUUGGAUCACUUGGGGAAGUGUUGCAAGCGUGCCUAAGUUGGCAGGUAUGCGUUCGGACUACUCUUGAAGUGGCCAUCUUUCCAAUACUCUGCCAAAGGAUUACCAGCGGACAUGGCGAGCGAGAGGAAACCGAGGCUUUGCGUCAUGACAAAGGGGGAGCAAGGCUACGGCUUUCACUUGCACGGUGAGAAAGGCAAGACCGGCCAGUUCAUCCGCAAAGUGGAGCCCGACUCGUCCGCAGAGGCGGCGGGCUUGCGCGCGGGGGACCGUGUGGUGGCGGUCAACGGGGUCAACGUGGAGAGAGAGGCGCACCAUCAGGUGGUACAGCGAAUUAAGGCUGUGGAAAAUGAGACCAGAUUACUGGUGGUGGACCAGGAGACGCACGAUUAUCUGCGGAACCUGCGCCUCACCGCCACCGAGGAAAUGGCCAUCCCGGGAGAGGAGCCGCCUCCCCCGUUCUCCCCCCCGGACCCGACCUCCCCCAGCAAGGACAAGCUUGAGGACGGGAGGAACGGCUCUGCCAUGUUGGAGUCCAUGUUGCAGAGGAGUACGAGUUGCCAGGUGCCCAAACGCACCAGGAGGCUGCCAUCGUCGGCUUCCAAGAAGGAGGUUUCCGUCCGCGCCGCGGCCCCCGCCCAGGCUCAGUCCCGAUCGCGGCUCCACGGCGACCCCACCGAGCUGGCGCCGCGUCUGUGCCACUUGGUGCGCGCCGACACGGGCUACGGCUUCAACCUCCACAGUCACCGGUCCAGGCCGGGCCAGUACAUCCGCUCGUUGGACACGGGCUCGCCCGCCGACCAGGCUGGCCUUCGACCUCAGGAUAGAAUCGUUGAGGUCAACGGCGUGAACAUCGAGGGCAUGCGCCACUCCGAGGUGGUGGCCUUCAUUAAAAAAGGAGGCGACGAGACCUGGCUGCUGGUGGUGGAUCCCGACGCCGACGAAUACUUUAAGAUGAAGGGCAUGGUCCCCGCCGUCAGCCACGUGAAAGAUUACGACGGUCCCUCCGUCUCCAACGGAUCUCACAGCCCUCUCGUGAACGGCGGCUCCACCUCACAUUCCAUCAGGUCAACCACCUCGGACCGGAGUCACUACGGCAAGGGCCCACAGCAGGCCGGCGACGAGCGAGGUCGAUUUGCGGACCCGUUCGCCGAGAUCGGCCUGAGCGCCACGGCGGCUGAGGAAAAGCGGAAGCUCCACGCCAAAGAGAAGAGGCGGGCGCCGCAGAUGGACUGGAUGAAGAAAUACGAGCUCUUCAGUAAUUUCUGAGGAGAUGCUUCCAAGCCGAGAGGAGGACAGACAAAUGGAGCCACUCCAGACAUCAUUGUAGGAUCAUUCCUCUAUUUCAGCGGACAUCUUUUGAUAUUGAAAUAAGCAUCGCCAUGGCAACAUGGAGUUCACAGUGACAAAGUGCGGCGCCGCCCUCCACCAGCAGAGGGCAGACUUGCACCGCAAAUACAACAUCCUCUGCCAUGGCAACAUGGGAGUUCACUGUGACAGAGUGCGGCGCCGCCCUCCACCAGCAGAGGGCAGACUUGCACCGCAAAUACAACAUCCUCUGCCAGAGCAAUUGUUUGUUUGUUUCCAUUCAUAAUUUGCCCUAUUUUAAGGCGGGCGGGGAUUAAAAAGCAAGUAAGGCUGUUGCUAAAGGUGCCCUGCUAUUGAAGACAGUAUUACUUUCAAGCAUAUCUUUUUGAAGGAAUUGUCCCAUUUAAAGGAAACAAAGGCCUUUAAACGUUAUCACUGAUGACAUCAAAACGACUUGGAUAUUAUUUCGUAUGAAGCCCGGGAUGAUUUAGAGUUUCUUAAUGAAUCCUAAGAAUGAGAAAAUCUGAACAUAUGAAAGAAAAUGGCACCUACGAAAGGCUGAAAGAAGAGUUUGGCUUUGUGACCUCACCACCGUAUUGUUUAUUAGUUACUGUCCAUAAACGUUGUCCAUUCAAGUUCACAGUCGCAGAAGACACGUACGCAAUAAAGGCCACUUUCACAAUCCA